ACCUCAGGCUGUAGCUAAAAUCAGUCCAAUGCAUCAGGGGUUUCAAGAACAGAAGCACAAAAAUGAUGACUUAACUGCACAGGAAAAGAAGGCACAUGUAUUUUAAGAAGACCUCUUUAUUCUUAAAGUAGAAGUUCCCCCUUCAAGAUGAUGAAUGGUACAAACUCUUCAGGAUCAUGCCUGCACUCAAAAACUAGAAGUUCUCAAGUAGAUGACAGCUACUUAAAGGAAUUGAAUGAAGACUUAAAGCUAAGAAAGCAGGAACUGCUAGAGAUGCUAAAACCCUUAGAAGAUAAGAACAACCUCUUGUUUCAGAAGUUAAUGUCUAACUUGGAGGAAAAACAAAGAAGUCUGCAGAUCAUGAGGCAAAUCAUGGCAGGAAAGGGUGCUGAUGAAUCCUCAGUAGUGGAGCUCAUCAAGGAAGCAGAAGAGAUGAAGCAGAACCUAGAAAAGAAAAACAAGAUGCUUCGGAAGGAAAUGGAGAUACUAUGGAACAAGACAUUUGAAACAGAAGAACCCACUGAUCAACAAAAAGCACCACAGAUAAAAAGCAAGGUAGAGUUGCAGGAUGGAAAGGCUCCCAAACCCCCCUCAUCAUCUAGGAAGACCAGAAGUGACCAGGAGGCAUCAUGUACAGAGAAAGUGAAGGAGAUAAGGAAGGAAAAGCAACAGAGGAAAAUGGAAUGGGUCAGGUAUCAGGAACAAGCCAACAUCCUUCAGAAUGACUUUCAUGGCAAAGUGAUUGAGCUGAGAAUUAAAGCUUUGAAGAACUAUCAGAAGCCCAAUGACCUGAAAUUAUCACUGUACUUACAGCAGAAUUUUGAGCCAAAGCAAGCAUUCUUAAAUCUUCCUGGAUCCCAAGGUACCAUGGGCAGUGCAACUACGGGAAGAGCAACCACGGGCAAAAACCAACCUAAUGUGAGGAAUCUGGGAUCAAAGAUCAACACAGAACAAGGAGCUAAAAGAAGUCAGUUUGAUGAUGUAGGAGGGAGACUCUUUCUUCUGAGGUCACUGCCAGACGAAGCUCUGAAGGAUUAG